AUGAUCGGAUUACUAGCCCUCACCUCAAUUCCAACGGUGACAGGAGUAUCCCUCGCCUCCAGCGAACAGCGCAAAGCAAAUCAACGCCGUGAAGAGGCUCGGCGUAUGGUAAAGUUUAACAUCUACGCCGAGUGCGAUGGAGACACAGACGAUGACCGCGACCUCAACGGCAUGACAGUCGUUGUAAGAGAUGAGAAGGUUUAUCUCGCAGACCCGAACCCUGCCAAGCGUGACCCGCCGGCCUUCACGGCUCUGGCAUUCUACAUCGAGUACCCCGAGCCAGAAGAGUUGAAAUACCUCAAGCGCGAGCGCGGUUUCGGUCUCCCAACUUACGUGUCUGAUAACCCACCUCUGCUGAAUUGGAUUUAUGCCGAUACGGUUACUCAUGAACUACGGUAUGGGAAUCGGUCACAAAGUGUGGAGGAGGUCGUUGAGCCUUGGGAUUGGUGUAAAGAAGAGAGAGUCAUUUCGCUAGAAGGAUGGCGAAAACGAUUCUAUGCCGUUGAAGAAGAGGAGGGUGAAUGGGCGUUAUAUUAUGAUCGUGAUGGCGAUGAGCUCGAGUCUGUUCUUGAUGAGCAGGACAUGUUGGAUUGUGCCUUUGUGCCGGUCACUUUGAUCAGGAAAAUUGUGGAGGAGAGGCCUCCCCCUCCCCCUCCAGCUGCUCCCCAGGCACAGGCCGGUCAAAGGUAG